UGGUUGUUCCAGGUACUACCAGCAGGUGUCGCUUCAACCGAACUCAAAAGUGAAUUUGACCAUAAGCAGAUUCGAGCAAUUUCAUGCAGCUUCUAGACUAAAUAUUAUGCUGUUCAACCAAAACCGUUUGCUAGGUUUCUGGGGUUUAACAAAACAAUAAUUUAGCUGAAUGCAUUAUUAGGCUAUGAAUGCGUUAUUGCGCAGUAAUAUGCUUAUAUUGGGCGUAUACCUGCUCCACUCCAUUGAUGUUUUCAUAGGAAUUAAUGUAACAAGGUACAAAGGCAUUACAGCAUAUAUCAAUAAUGGGGAGCUGAUUUGGCCUAAUGAAAAUAAUUCCCUUCUAAGGCUAAAUGGCAAAGCACCCCCUUUACGCGCAAAUAAAGUGUACAAAUUCACUAAUUAACUUCUGCAAUGACUUGCUGUAAAUUGAUCGCUGUGACUGUAUAAUAAUAGCUCCCCAGUCAUAAGAACUCCCAUAGCAAUAGUUUUGUUCCACCCCAUGAACUCAAAGAUGGUUGCCUGCUCUAUUCUGUCGUCUGAGUCUGGGGAUCGUGUCACAGCCUAUGAGAAGGACAGAACAUUGGAGAGAGAGAGAGUGACGUAAAUGGGUUGUCGUGCGGUGGGAGGGAUUAUUCUUACAUUAUCCAUUUAAUCGCUUUUUAAAGUCUAGGAGUCGUCAAUUAGGGGUAGGUAGUAGAUUCAGGUUCACUGUCAUCAUAGCCCGUCUAAAAGCGCACGGCACCGCAUCCCAACCGUCGCUCUGCACCAUAACGCGCUCCUGAUGAGCAGGGUCUUCCAUUCUAUCCUGAGUCCACCAACUGCCAGUUCAGUUGAGCAAACUCUGCAGAGGAGCGUCGGAAAUCGGAGUUGAUUUCGUUGGUUUUCUAUUAUUUAAACACCUGACUAAAUUGCACUAUUUGGAGAAAAACUCGGACAUCAUCCAACAUCAAUUCAGUUGGAUUUAAAGUUAUGGCACUAUCAGUGCUGCGCAGCAGUUUGCUUUUGCUAUGUGUGACAACUAUCCAUACUUGCCAUGGUGGCGGACAGAACUGCAUGGACAAACACCAGGUGGUUGGUGUUCUCCGUCAGAUGGAGAAGUUUCUGAAGGGACAGGAGAUGAGGUUCACAGAGGGACUACGCAUCAUGAAGUCCAAACUGGCAACCCUACAGAACUCUGUGUCCAAGCUACCGCAGGCCGAUCAGUCGGCUGCUCCGUCCGUUUGCCCCUCCCUGGAAGCCCCUGUCCACGGGAGGAAGUUUGGCUCCAAGUAUUUCAUCGGUCAUGAGGUCCAUUUCACCUGUUCCCAUGGUUACCAUCUGGUGGGCCCCGAGACACGUGUGUGUCAGGAGAACGGGAGUUGGAGCGGUGUCAACACCAUCUGUAAAGAUGUGAGUGAGUGCUCCAGUAACCCAUGCCAGAACGGAGGGACCUGUGUAGAGGGAGUAAACCAGUACAGGUGCACCUGUUCACAGAGCUGGAAUGGAUCCAACUGUCAGCACCAGACACAGACAGCGCCGCCAGAGUGGAGCGUCAUGAACGACCCGGCGUUCAGCAGACGUCCCCGCUGUGCCAAAGUGGACCGCGCCCAACACUGCAGCUGCGAUGCUGGCUUUCACAUGAGUGGGACAUCUGACAACAGUAUCUGCCAGGCUCCAGAUGUGGAUGAGUGUCUGACCCAGCAGCACAACUGCAGUAGAGGAACAACAUGUAUCAACACAGGAGGAGGGUUCCAGUGUGUGAGCCCGGAGUGUCCCCGAUCACACGGCAACAUCAGCUACGUCAAGACGUCUCCUAAUCAGUGUGAGAGAAACCCCUGCCCUAUGGAGAGUCGUUCCUGUCACCUGGCUCCUAAGACGGUCUCCUUCCACUACCUCUCCCUCCCCUCCAACCUCCAGACCCCGGCUACCCUGUUCCGCAUGGCGACCGCAGCCGCCCCCGGCCGCCCCGGCCCCGAUAGCCUGCGAUUCGGCAUUGUCGGGGGCAACAGCCGCGGGAUGUUCGUGAUGCAAAGGUCGGACCGCCAGACGGGCGAAUUAAUCCUAGUUCAGAGGUUAAGAGGACCACAGGAUAUCAGCGUUGAUGUGGACAUGUCCGAGUAUAGUGAUCGCACCUUCCAGGCUAAGCAUGUAGCGAAGGUGCAUGUUCUGGUAUCAGCGUAUAACUUCUGAGGAGGAUGGAUGGACAGAGGAACGAGUGAAAGGGACAGAGGGAGGAAGGGAGAAGAGGAACAAGUGAGAA